GUCCCAGCAGAUGUGUUUCUACCUCUCUGUCCUGAGUGUUUGUGUGUGGGGUGACUAUAAACACCUCGUUUUAACCGGGUUCUUACUAGCAGCACACUGAAGUUACCAAGAGUCGCUUGUAAACCAGGAUCAUCUCUUGUCUCAACUUUGGAAGUCCAUAUUGAAAGACGACAUGUUUCGAACAAGAAUACCCUUCUCACAGAUUGCCUUUGCCACGGUGCUUGGAGUUGGCGGUGGCAUUUAUAUCUACAAACCCUAUUUUGACCCAAAGCUUAAGACCUCAGAACAGCAAAACCAGGAUGUGGCAAAAAAACCUGAAUGAAACUGAUGGAAAUAAUUCAUCACUUUGAAAAAAUACUUUUACAGGCAUAAGCCAGAAGAACCACAUCAGAGGCUGAUGGACUGUCAGAGUGGGAAGCCAAAUAAAACAAGACCAGCAUGAUGGAUACAUUCAAGU